UGCCAAACAGCCUGGACGUGUGCCAUUGGCAAGAGGCGAUGAAGGCGCAGCGGAAGCCAACCAAGACGGCGGCGAAAGCACCGGCGCGCCGCCGGCCCGAGUGGAACGCGUACCUCACCGACGCAGCAUCGUACCAGCUCAACCAGGACCAGCUUCUGAAGAAGAAGAUCCAGAUGCUGACCAAAAUCCCGACCGAGCUGCCCCGGCGCGCCAUGCCCGCGCCGGCCAUGCAGCGCGCCAUGACGGCGCCGCCGCAGCAAAGGGAUACCUUCCAGCACCACUUGCGUCGUCCACCCAUGCCGAUGCUCUCGGGUGAUCUCCAGAAGCAAGAACUGCAGCGCGAGAUCGACCGCAUGGACCAAAUGCUCGUGUCGCUCGAGCUCCAAGCCAACGAAUUCGACGAGAGCGCGGUGGCGAAUGAUGCGGAUCACGAGGUUCGCGCUCAUCAUGACGCUUACGAGGGCAACUAUCUCGGUGCUGACAACACAAUGGACACAACGACGGCGCAGCUCGAAGCGAGAGACACCAGUCACCACGUCAUGGCGCUUGUCGAGCAGCUCCAGCAAGAACUCCAGCGCGAACGCGACGCCCGCCUGCAGCAAGACCAAACCAUCCAGAAGCUCCACGAGGACUUGCAAUCGCUCACACAUGCGCAUACGGCUCUUCGCGACGACUUCAAGCAAGCGGUCAAGCACAUCGUCAAGCUCAAGCACACCGUGUCGCAGCUCUCGGGCGACUCAAAACCUGUGACGCCAAGCCGUCGCGACACCUCUACCUACGGCGUGCCCAACCAGGAGAACGUUGCUCCUGGCUACUACAAUCGAGAGAGGGCUAACUAAGAACAGAGGAGUUCGUUUGCGUUAUCUA